CUCCAUCCAUAUAUAUAUAUAUAAUAUGAAUGAUUGUUUUCCUGUGCGUGUAGCUAAGCUAGCUACCGCUCGAAAUUGUACUUGGUAUUUGGUUGGGAUGGAUUUUACUGUAUUCGAUGCCUCUCAUUAUUAGCCAGCCACAGCAGUCAGCAACAGCCAGUGAUUUCAAAAUUGCUCAUUAUUUUUGUUUCUUUUUCCUUUGUAACUAAUAAGCUCUGAGAGUUUAUUCUAUACAGUAACUAAAUUAACUAUCCAUCGCUCAAAGUCAAAACCCACUACCCAAGAGCUCUCUCCACACCCCCCACUACCUUCCUCCCGCUAUUAAUUCCUCUUCAGCUCUCCACACCGCUCCAAGUCACGGAAUUAAAUCUUCCCAAAAUGUUAAAGAUUUUCUUCGUUUCUGUUGUCCUGAUCAUUCUCUCUUCCGUAGCUUCCGGCAGCCGGGAGUGUAGCUGCGAUUCCGAUGCGGCGGAGCACAGCGCAGAGGCAGAGGAAGCAAUCAAAUACAAGGUGGGUUCGAUUGCUUCGGUACUCGUGGCCGGCGCUGCGGGGGUGAGCCUUCCUUUAGUGGGCAAGAAGAUUCCGUCUCUGAGGCCUGAAAAUGACAUUUUCUUCAUGAUCAAGGCCUUUGCUGCGGGGGUGAUUUUAGGGACUGGGUUCAUCCACAUACUGCCGGAUGCGUUCCAAGACUUGACAUCGCCCUGCAUCGGCCACCACCCUUGGGCUAACUUCCCAUUUGCGGGAUUCAUUGCGAUGGCCUCCUCCAUCGGCACCCUUAUGGUGGACACAUUUGCAACCAGCUUCUACGAGAGACGCCACUUUAGUAAAACCAAGCAGCUCGUGCUCGUCACACGCCAGGAAACAGACGAGGAGCAUGCGGGUCACGUGCAUGUGCACACGCACGCCACGCAUGGCCACGCUCACGGCUCCCGCUCCGCCGCACCCUCCGCAGAGUUGACUCUGCCUCAGCUAAUUCGCUACCGGAUUAUAUCUCAGGUGUUGGAAUUGGGAAUCGUGGUUCAUUCAGUAAUAAUUGGGAUAUCUCUUGGUGCUUCUCAGAGCCCUGCGACCAUUAAGCCACUGCUCCUCGCUCUGUCUUUCCACCAGUUUUUUGAAGGCAUGGGACUCGGUGGCUGCAUUUCCCAAGCAGAAUUCAGGUGGCGGUCAGCGGCAGCAAUGGCGACGUUUUUCUCAGUGACAGCGCCGGUGGGAAUUGCAGUGGGAAUCGGAAUCUCGGGAGUUUACAGAGAGAACGGGCGGACGGCUCUGAUCGUGGAAGGGAGCAUGAACUCGGCAUCGGCAGGGAUAUUGAUAUACAUGGCGCUGGUGGACCUUCUUGCCGCGGAUUUUAUGAACCCAAGGAUGCAAACCAACGUGGGGCUCCAAGUAGGAGCCCAUAUCUCUCUUCUUCUGGGUGCUGCCUGCAUGUCUGUAUUGGCCACAUGGGCUUAAUCAUCCCUCUUUUCCUCCUCUAUUAACCCAACCCAACUGAAGUUUCUCAUUUUUUGUGUUCAAAAGUUUACUCAAAAACUGCAUGUGGGCAUUAGCCUAUCCUUACAAUGGUAGAAGCGGGGGAGAGUAGGGGGGAAAGCAGGGGGGAAAAGGAAAAAUAGACUAUGUUUCCUUUCAUUGAAAGUCAUCCUUCAAUUUUCAAUUCAUUUCCAAAUAAAUAGUUUAGUAGUCA